UGUACAUGUAUUGCGAUCAGUGCGGUGUUUAAUAGCACGUGUUUAGGUUGUGAGUCCCAUUGGGCUUGGACUUAAAUCGAAAUGCUGUGAAAUUUGAAGAAUCAUACGGACUCCGUCGGUUCUGUUGAACUUAAGCAAAAUGACUGGAUCAGUGACUGGUGGCUUCUUAGAGGCGUUAAAAUCGCUUUGUGAAAAAGACAAAACAUGCAAGGAAGCAUGCUUAAAGUUUAUCCGUCUUCAUACUCUCCAAGAUAGCGAUUUUAAUGAGUUACUCAAUGUAUUGGCCAGUCUUCUUCUUAGCCAUAGCCAAACAUUAAUCAUAGGAGAACAUUUAAGAGAUGUCCUCCCUCAAAUUCUUGCCGUAGCUCUUUGCGAUGAUAUGGAAGAUUCACCCCACCUCAUAGAUGUCAGUCCCAAACUAUUACAUGAGAAACGUUGCGUUACUCUCAGUAAACUUGCACCUAUACACCCUGAUGUGCUUACGUUUAUUUUGAAGUAUUUCUGUGACAAGCCCUCUCCUUUUCAUUAUUGGAGAGUGUCAGCUGCAGAUGAGGAACCAAAGGCCAAAAAGAGAAGGAUAUACUCAACCCCUGUCACUGAUGAAGAAAUUGCUGGAUGCUGUUAUUUUUUUCUUAAAUUGAAAACUGACUACUUUAAAAAGUUGUGGGACUGGUCACACUUUCUAAAAGGCUUUUUAAACCAUGAGGAACCAUAUGUUAGAUGGCUUGCUACUCAGUGUUGUGCUUUGCUUUUACAAAUGGGAAACCAAGAGAAGGAAAAGUUACUUAAUUCCAAAUUGACCCCUGAUGAAAUUGUUUGUUUUGCGGUGAAGCAAGGUGCUGAAGAUAAAAGAAUCCAGGACAGUUGGACCAAAGCAUGUUUUGAUGAAACUUCUCCAUGUAAUGGUUCCCUGCCAGAGUCCCAAAAUAAAUCAGUUAUUAAUGUUGCUGGAAUAAGUCUUCCGUUAAUGUUCGAGGUUGCAGCUAAUUCAAAACCAAGUUUAGUUUUAGUUAAUUCAACCAAAAGCAAUUUGCAAUCUGUAGCUUUGGGUAUAGCUACAAGAAAGACUUUAUGCCUUCAAGGUCCUGUAGGAUGUGGCAAGACGGCCCUGGUACAGUAUUUAGCCAAGUUGACUGGUCGCUGCUCUCCCCCUCAUUACCUUUCAGUACAACUUGGCGACCAAACUGACAGUAAAAUGUUGCUUGGCACGUAUCAGUGUACUGACAUUCCAGGAGAAUUUGUCUGGAAACCUGGUGUUUUGACUCAGGCUGUUAUCGGAGGCUAUUGGCUUCUUUUGGAGGAUAUUGAUAGUUGUGCCACAGAUGUUGCAGCAGUGCUCUCUUCACUGUUGGAAACAGGAUCACUUAGUGUUCCAGGUUUUAAGGAUUCUGUCCAUGCAGCCCCUGGCUUUCAACUCUUUUUCACUCAGAGGCUGGUGGCUGGUGCAACUGGACUGCACAAGCUUAACUCUGGAGUGGCAAGCAUGCUUCAGAGACAUUGGCUCACUGUACAAAUGGAGCCUUUGUCGGAAUCAGAACUUGUGGAAGUAGUUAGAACUUUGCAUCCUUCCCUCUACACUGUGGCUCCACGAAUGGUGAAUGUUUUUCUGAUUUUUUCUGCUGGGAGUCAUCACACAGCUAUGAGCGGGAACAAUGAAAAUAUGGAUUCAAGUAAAAAUGUCCAUAUUCAAAGUGCAGGUGCAAGAUUACCUUCUACUCGAGAUCUUAUGAAGUGGUGCACCAGAUCAAGUCAAGCUUUUGACGUAAGCUCUUUAGAGUCGGGAUUAAAACUGUAUCAAGAUGCUGUUGACAUAUUUUGCUGCAAUGUCAGCCAUCCUGACACUAGGCUCAAGCUGGCAGAAAGUAUUGCAGCAAAACUUGGCAUUAUACAUACAAAAGCAGAGUACUUUUGUAAUGUACACAAACCAGUAAUUUCUUUGACUUCAACUCAUGUUGUUGCUGGACGGAUAAGUUUACCACGCAGAGAACAUAGUACAGCUAUGCCUAGAUUUACUUCAAAGUCAACCUUUUCAUUUACCCGCCCCACAGCAGCUCUCCUGGAACGGGUAGCCAGCUGUAUUCACCAUAAUGAACCAGUGUUGUUGGUUGGUGAAACUGGAGUUGGCAAAACUUCAAGCAUUCAAUAUCUUGCUGAAAAAAUGGGCCAAUCAUUAUCUGUGAUUAAUAUGAAUCAGCAGUCUGACAGUGCAGAUCUUCUUGGAGGAUUUAAGCCAGUUGAAUUGAAGUUUGUGAUAUCACCAUUGAGGGAUGAAUUUGAGACACUAUUCCGAGGCUUUUUUGCUGUGGAUGAAAAUACAAAAUUUUUAAGUCAUAUCGCCCAUUGUUUUUCUCUCAAGAAGUGGUCUACCCUUUUAACUUUGAUGAAACACAGUACAGCCGCUGCACUGAAAAGAUUUGAAAAGAAAAGGGCCAAUGCUAAAAGUUCUCAAUUGAACUCAAAAUCGGAGGCCCUUGAUCCUCUCCUCAAGAGGAACUGGCUACAGCUUUCUCUCAAAUUGCAUAAGGUUGAAGAGCAGUUGAAGAAGUCCCAGAAUGCUCUUGCAUUUUCAUUUGUAGAAGGCAGCCUUGUCAAAGCUUUACAAGAAGGUAAAUGGGUACUUCUUGAUGAAAUAAAUUUGGCUAGUGCUCAAACACUUGAAUGCCUUUCAAGUCUUCUUGAAGGUUCAUCUGGAUCUCUGUACUUACUGGAACGUGGAGAUGACCAGUCAAUCAACAGACAUCCAGAUUUCAGAAUAUUUGCUGCUAUGAAUCCAGCCACAGACGUUGGUAAAAGGGAGUUGCCUCCUGGUAUUCGAAACAGAUUUACAGAGUUUUUUGUUGAUGAACUUGUUAAUCGUCAAGACCUUCUACUACUGUGUGGUUCAUAUCUUGAACCCCUUGCGCUACCAGCAACAAAGCUCGAUGCUAUUGUUCGUUUUUAUCUAUCUAUUUGUCAAGAGGCUGUUACUAGUCUGUCAGAUGGCACAGGACAGAAACCUCACUAUAGUCUUAGAACAUUAUGUCGUGCCUUAUCAGUUGCUGCAACAAAUCCUUGUGCAUCAGUUCCUCGAUCUCUAUAUGAAGGAAUUUUACUGAGCUUUCUUACUCAGUUAGAUCGUGGAUCACAUCCCAUUGUAGAAGAAAUGGUAGCAAAGGCUGUCAUGGGGAAGACUUCCUCAGACCCGAAGAGUUUAAUGAAACAACCUAUUCCCACUCCUGUUGUGCCGGGAAAUAACUUUAUUGAAGUGGAGGGAUACUGGGUUACUCAAGGAUCUCUUGAACCAAACACUCCAGAAAAGUACAUCAUGACAAAGACUGUUCGUCGAAAUCUCCAUGAUUUGGUUCGUGUUGUCUCUUUGGCGAGACUUCCUAUCCUCCUGCAGGGUGAAACAUCAGUAGGCAAGACAAGUCUUAUCACUUACUUGGCUCAAGUGUCUGGUAAUCGUUGUCUUCGCAUUAAUAAUCAUGAGCACACAGAUCUUCAAGAAUACAUUGGGUGUUAUGCAGCAGAUGAUCAUGGAAAUCUAGUAUUCAAAGAGGGUGUUCUUGUAGAGGCAAUGAAAUAUGGGCACUGGGUCAUUUUAGAUGAACUCAACUUAGCUCCUAGUGAUGUGCUAGAAGCUCUCAAUAGAGUUCUAGAUGACAACCGAGAGUUGUUUAUUCCUGAAACCCAAAAAGUUGUCAAAGCCCACCCAAAUUUCAUGCUAUUUGCUACUCAAAAUCCUCCUGGAUUGUAUGGUGGUAGAAAGGUUUUAUCUCGGGCUUUUCGUAACCGUUUUAUUGAAUUACAUUUUGAUGAAAUCCCAUCCAUGGAGUUAGAAACAAUUAUGCAUCUGAGGUGUGAUAUGCCACCAUCGUACUGUAAAAAGAUGGUUGCAGUAAUGUCUGAUCUACAGGUUCGUCGAAAAGGAAGCGCAGCAUUCGCUGGCAAACAAGGUUUCAUUACCCUAAGAGAUUUGUUUCGAUGGGGUGAGAGGUAUCGUCUCUCACAGGAAGGCAAAGAAGGGAAAUACUAUGAUUGGGAUCAACACAUUGCUGAUGAAGGAUAUCUCAUUCUUGCUGGACGAGUUAGAAAAGAAGAGGAAUGUGUGAUAAUCCAAGAGACCCUUCUAAAACAUAUCAAACGUGCUGUGAAUCCUGAUAGGCUUUUCACAUUGAGUGCUGAAACAUCUCCUGUGACAAAAGCUAUUUUAGAAUCAAUUGUACAGCAAACUCCCCAGGGAUUUAACCAUAUAGUGUGGACAUACAAUAUGAGAAAACUUGCUGUCCUUCUUGGAAAGGCGUGUGAGUUCAAGGAGCCUAUUUUGCUUGUUGGGGAAACUGGGUGUGGGAAAACAACUUUGUGCCAACUUCUAGCUGCUAGUAAAGAUCAGAAAUUGUCUUCUGUCAACUGCCAUAUGCACUCAGAGAGUGCAGAUUUCCUUGGAGGACUACGUCCCAUUCGAGAACACUCAGAGGAUAAUAAAGGCAAACUGUUUGAAUGGGUUGAUGGUCCACUGAUUGACGCCAUGCUUCAUGGAGAGGUGUUUCUUGCUGAUGAAAUCUCAUUGGCAGAUGACAGUGUAUUAGAGAGACUAAAUUCCUUGCUUGAACCUGAGCGGAAACUGCUACUUGCUGAGAAAGGUAGUGGUAUCAGUGGUGAGCCAUGUGAAGUCAUUGCGAAAGAUGGCUUCAUCUUUGUAGGAACUAUGAAUCCUGGUGGUGAUUAUGGAAAGAAGGAAUUGUCUCCUGCCUUGCGAAAUCGUUUCACUGAGAUUUGGUGUGAGGGUUGUUCACAGCGGUCGGAUCUGAUUGCUGUCAUAGAACACAAUGUAAGACCUGAACUAGUAUUCAAAAAAUCUACCAAUGAUAUAGUAAGUGUUGGAGCAACACUUGUUGAUUUUCUUGAAUGGUUUUCACAAACUGAGCUAGGAAGCAGGUUUGCUAAAAGUAUCAGAGAUAUCAUGACAUGGGUUGAAUUCAUUAAUGUAUCCACACAACCAGAUAUCAAUCUAGAGUUAAGUGAUGCCUACAUCCAUGGAGCUUGCCUUACAUUCCUAGACAGCUUGGGAACAGGAUUGACAAGUUUCUCUACAAAAGAAGCAGUAUAUGGUUUAAGGAUCGCUGCUCUUCAAUUUUUAAGAGACCAGGUCCAAAAAGCCACUGACUGUAAACCUUUCAGUUUAAAACCAUUCAUGGGUAUGGAUUCAGAUGAUUUUGAGCUUUUAUCAACCACUGAGAAGUUUGGUGUAAAGCCAUUCUGCAUAUCUAAGGGAAAUGCUGACUCAGUAGAAAGUGCUGAAUUUUUACUCUCUGCGCCAACCACCCGUAUCAAUGCCAUGAGGGUCCUUCGUGGUCUUCAGCUUGGCAAAGCACUUCUGUUGGAGGGAAGCCCAGGAGUUGGUAAAACAAGCCUGGUUACAGCUUUGUCUCGUGCUGCUGGCUACAAACUGACAAGAAUUAAUUUGUCUGACCAAACAGACAUAUCUGAUUUAUUUGGCGCUGAUUUGCCUGUUGAAGGAGGAUCUGGUGGAGAGUUUGCCUGGCGUGAUGGGCCAUUCCUUCAGGCACUUCGUGCUGGUCAUUGGAUCCUACUUGAUGAAUUAAAUUUGGCUUCUCAGUCAGUUUUGGAAGGAUUAAAUGCUGUACUUGACCAUAGAGGUGACUUGUUCAUACCAGAACUGGGGCGUACAUUCCACAUUCAAUCUGGACAGACUCGUUUGUUUGCAUGUCAGAACCCUCUUAAUCAAGGAGGUGCUCGGAAAGGUCUCCCACAGUCAUUUUUGAAUCGAUUUACACAAGUUCACAUGGAAACCUUGACGUCAGAUGACCUGGAAUACAUUUGUCAGGCUCUGUUUCCGUCAUUACCUCAUGAACUUAUAAAGAAUAUGGUAAUUUUCAAUGAAAAAGCAGCAUUUGAGACUGGCCCUGGUGGAAAAUGGGGACAGCGAGGUGGCCCGUGGGAGAUGAACUUAAGAGAUUUAAGCAGGUGGUGUGAAGUUACUGUGUGGGGUUCUUCAUCCGGUGCACUCAAUCCGGGAAGAUUUGUCCAGCUUAUAUAUGUAGAUCGCAUGCGUACCAAAGGAGACAAGGAGAGUAUGAUGGCUCUUUAUCAGCGGUUGUUCCCUGACAAGUAUCCACUUUCUUGCACUGUUCCUCAAAUUCUUGUGACUCCAAAAACAUUGUAUCUUGGAGAUACAACAUUAGAAAGAGGCAGUCUUGAAAACAUUGCUGUAUCUAAACUUGUUUUGAGGUAUCAGCUGUCAACUUUAUUGUCCUUGGCAAGGUGUGUAUCCAUGGGAUGGAUGUCUAUACUAGUAGGCCCGAGUGGUUGUGGUAAAACAAGUUUGGUUCACCUUCUUGCUCAAGUAGCAGGUCAAGAACUCAGAACACUCUCAGUUAACUCUGCCAUGGACACCACUGAAAUACUUGGAGGAUUUGAGCAAGCUGAUUACAAGCGUCAUUUAGAUGAAUUAAUUGUUAAAGUUCAGAGAAUUAUGACCAAGGGCUUACAAUGUACAACUUUGCAAGGAGAAGAAAAUGAAUUGACUCACCUUAUGGGUCUAUGGGAGUCUUUCAUACAUUCUGAAAACACUGACUCAAAUGAUAAGUUCAAGUCUGUUGAGUCAGAGGUUCAAACAUUUGUUAAUAAAAUUCAAAUGCUUCUUGAAGUUUUACUUGCAAUACCAAGAGUUGUCAUUUCAUCAGAAGAUGUAGUUGAAGUAAACUGCAUUCAAGACAAACUGGCUUACCUCAAGAAUUGUGCUCUUCGUGACAAAAGUCUGAAUGCUGGAGGAAAGUUUGAAUGGGUGGAUAGUAUUCUUAUCAAAAGUUUGACUGAAGGAAGCUGGCUUUUAGUUGAUAAUGUAAACCUCUGUAGUGCUGCAGUACUUGACAGGCUUAAUGGUCUCCUUGAGCCACAUGGCGUUUUAACUAUAAGUGAGAGGGGAGUAAAUAUGAAUGGUGACCUCAUCACAAUCCAGCCUCAUCAAAACUUUCGUCUUUUUUUAACAAUGGAUCCGAAGUAUGGUGAGAUUUCUAGGGCCAUGCGGAACAGAGGAGUAGAGAUUUUUGUGACCACAUCAGAGGGGGAUAUGACUACUUCUCUGAGUCCAUUAGAUCUUGCUGCCCUUCUUCAUGGUACCGGAGUUCACAGUCAACAUGAUCAGCGGCUGUUUAUCAAUUUGCACCAAUCAAUGACAAGUAUAAUUCAAGGCCCAGAUACACCAGGACUGCCAGAGCUACUAAAUGCUUCGUUUUUGUUUGUUCAACAAGUUGAACGAGGAAUGGCUCCUAUACCUUCACUGCUUUCCUCAUUUAUCAAAGUUUACAUUCAGUCUCGUUUGUGUGACAGUGUUCAAACCAAACGUCGCUAUCUUUCUAUUCUUGAGGAAGCCAUUGCACAAAGGUCACAAGAAAAUAUUCCUCUUGCUCUUGAUAAACUAGUCUCAGACUGUACCCUGUUGACCAAUGAGAUACAACUAGAUCCAUCACUGGCCACAGUUAAGCAGAGGAGUGCUGUAUUAUCAGCUCUUGCUGAUAUUGAAGAGAAGGAUUUGUCAUAUGUAUUAGGUCUAUUGGGUGUGACUGAUAUGAUGGUGGACUUUAAAAUGACCCUUACAAAUAUUGUUGUUUUAUUUUAUCAAACAUGCUCGGUUACUGAUGUCAGUUUAGCUUAUAAUUGGCUUAAAAUGCUGAUCAAAGGAUCGAGGCAUGAGAGUUUUCUUAGUGAACUGUCAGAAAUUUUGUACAGUACAAUACUAAGUGUUGAUGAUCUGGCUACAUGUCACUUGAUCUGGGACAGAAGGUGGCUACCAGAUGUUGCUUCUGCCUUAUCAGUAUUGAGUGGAGUAGAUGACCAUGGUGUGGAGAACAGAGUUGCCUUGCUUCUGUACAUUACUGCUGAGCUCGUAAGAAGCAAAAUUACAUUAAAUCUAACAGGUGUCAAGAAACAUAAACAAAUAUCUGUUCUUGAAUACUCUCAUGCCAUAUCAAAAGGCAUAUUAGCUGACAGCUUAGCUUCCGAGCCUAUAAUUGUUGAAGUUGGACCAUUUUUGGACACAGCAUUAAAUAUUCUACACAAUGCGUUGAGCACUCUUGGUGUUGUUAUCAGUGAUGAGCUAUGGUGGUUAGUGCGAAGGGCAUUCAGUUGGACACAAAGAUUUCAGAAGAAAAUUGCCUCUCUUCAACUCAAUACUGACAAAAAUGCAACAGAUGAAACUCUCAAUCUCAUAGCAGUCCAUUAUAAGUGGUUUUCUAAGUACACAAUGCCAGUACUAAUCCAUCUAGCACACUCAGCUGCUCUCGAUGUUACUCAGUUCAAUGAAACAACAGAAAGAAUGGAUGCCUCAGUGUUUUCUAACAGUUGUAUAAUAUGGUAUGUUGCAAAAAGACUUCGUAAUGCUUUGCAACACCCUCUUCCUAUUGCCUCUGAUUUUCAGGCUAAACUGUCUUUAAAGGCUUCACACAUUUGUGAUGUAAUCGACUUGUGGGGUAGAGAACCACUAAAUGAAAAUUUAUUGGAUGUAGUUAAUUUCCUUUCAACUCCUGAAGGACUCAGUGCAAGAGCACAUUUGAUAGUUGCCCUGAAAGACUUAUCAUUGAACUUAAAUCUCAUUAAAGUGGAAGAAAGACUUGCACAAGCAGAAAAUAUAUGCUUCCAAGCUGGCCUUACAAAUGACUGUGUGAAUAGAGAGACAGAACCAAAACCUCAGAGGAACUUAAAGACUCUACUCUGGCCUUUCCAGGAGGCUGUGUGUCUAAAUGCAAUCAGUCCCUUGCUACUGAAGCUAUUAAAAGGACUGGAUCUUUCAUCAAGUUCCCUUGAGUUUCACACACUCAUCCAAGCUAUGAAGGAAACUCCAUCAAUACCUCCAUCUGUCAUAGGAUUGUUAGAGACCUCAUUGAAAGAAAGUAAAAUCCAAACAGAUUUAUUUAAAAUAAUCUUCUGGGUUUUUCGUUUUUCUAACAAAUCCCUUGCUGUGUCAAAUUGUCAUAUUUGGGCUCCUUGUGAAAUGAAGUUUCCAAGUGACAUUGAAAAGUCAACGGAGCCUCUACCCCAGCACUGUCCUAUGCUCUCCCAAUUAGCAGCCAAUCUUCUAUUUUCCCAAUGUCCAUCAAGCAAAGAACACCUUGUAAUGCCAUCACUGGAUCAGCACAAGCAACAUAUACUGCUGUUGAACAGUUUGCAGACUUUGCUCUGGCAGAAUUAUGAUAAUUUCAGUAAUCCUUAUUAUUCUUUCAGAGAAAAUGAAUUACAGUCUGCAAAAUCUGCAGGCUACCAUUUUCUCUCAAAGUUAGAGGAAAGCUGCUGUUUGGUGCAUCCUGUAUCAUUAAACUUACAAGAAAGAGCUUCUGCUAUAAUUGAAGAUUUGCAAUAUAAACUUGGUGGUAGAGCUUCCACCUUAUCUGAUUUCUGUCUCUUACUGUCAGAAUUUGUCAAUGUUAUCAGCCUUUUAGAGGAAUCAAAAACUGUUGAAAAUGAUAUUUUGAUGCAGGUUGGCUUGGCUUGGACUCUUUUGGGCUGUUUGGAGUCCCACUUAUUCUCAGCAUUCCCAAAAAUUGAUCCCACAGUGAAACAUGCCAUAAAAAUACAAUACACUAGAGAAGAGAUAAUGGAAAUAAAAGCUGAACUACUUGCUGCUAAAAUUACUGGUUCCGUGAAAGGUGUUGAAACAGAUGGUGUACCUUCCCAUCCACAUCUUGAAAUUCUUCAAAACCAUCUGAAUUUGUUAGAAAACCAACUAAGUACAUUGAGCCAUCAAAUUGCUGUAAGACCACAGCCACCCAUGUACUCUAUUUUGACAAAGGAAAUGCAACACUUUGCCAGCAGCCUAAGCUCAGUGCCCAUUGUGAUGAAAGUCACUAAACGUCUUCUGUCCAUUUGCAAAACUAUAUCUCCUUCAGAAUGUCAAAUAAUUGUGAAGGAGGCCCAGUUGUGGUUACGCUCUCUUCAAAGCUUUACAAAUAUGCUUGAAAAGAGAUUUGGGACGUGGUACCCUGAUAUUGUUGGACCUCUUCUAACAUCCAGUGCAAAGCUGAAUCGUGGUGUAGAGCUUAUGGUUGGAGUGGGAAAGAAAAUUUACCUAAAUGGUCAAACUGGCCCACAUCAUAGCACUCUUAGCAAACUAGUUUGUUCUCUUGGAAGCUUCCCAGUCUUAGGUCCUGAUCAAACAUCUAUUAUGGAUCUCUUAUCAAACACUGCCAACAGACAUUCAUCACUCAUUAUUGAGCAAAUGUUUCUUUCUCUUGUUGGAGAUAUUCCUGGCCUGUCAGAGAGAUCACAGUCUGAGGCAUAUUGGCUGCUGAAAAGUUCUAUCCUAGAGUUAAAGAACUUCAUUUUAAUAUCUCAAUCAUGCAAGACUGAGGAGUGGAAUGCUUUAAUCAAAGUUUUACGAUCAUUUACUCAAAUUUGGGAGAAACAAGAGAACGAACGGCGUGAACGGGAGCUUGAUAGUGAAAGUCUGUACAAGUCUCGAGGAGCUGUGAGAUGUCAAACCGUUACUGAAGAUGAAGAAGCACUUUAUGAGAUAGCUGAAAUGUUCCCUUCUAAGAGGGAGAAUGAUUUUGGAGACCUAGAGCCCAACCAAUCUUUGGAAGGACCUCCCCAAUCAGUCAAUCAAGAAAGCAAUUCAAACCCAUCAAGUGCAUUGUUGAGUGCAGAAGAUGUUUCCCUUGUUAGUUCUGUGCAUAUGUCACUAGUUCUAGCAUACACCAAAUCAACAUGGUUUGACUGCUUUCCAGGCAUGUCCUCAAACAAUAGCACUGACUUUUUGACACCAUGGCUGCAACGAUUUGCUGUUGCAGCUCGUCUUAUCUCCUCCUGCAGUUAUAUUCUAAAUGAUAAUGUAGACAAGUGCCUUCUUCCAAGUUGGAUUCUAGCUUCAUACCUAGCUUCUCCAAAAUGUAACUCUGUUGUCAGUGGCUCAAAUGUUAGUCCUGAUGAUCCAUCAUUUGAUUUUUAUCGCACUCCUUGCAUCAGUGAAGCACAACAAUGUAAACCAGUUUUAGAUGGGCUUCUUCAAAGAGUUAAUGAGUUAUUGAAUGAAUGGCCUGAGCAUCCAACAUUGAAUCAAAUUGUGGUUGUUGUCAAUAGGAUUACCUCUUUCCCUAUGGAGAGCCCUCUUUCAAGAUUUCUCACUGGUCUCGAGAUAUUGCUAAAUAAAAUACGUGAAUGGGAGGAAAAUGCUCAUUCUGGAGUUAGCCUUGCUUGUCAUUCAGCAGCUGUGACAAAUUUAAUUAUUCAGUGGAGAAGAUUGGAGCUUGCUGGCUGGAAAGGCUGUUUAAAUUCUGCAAGUCUUCGCUUUGAAAGCAGGGCUCAUCGAUGGUGGUUUUACAUUUUUACCUUAGUUGAUGGCUACAUAAAUCCAUCUGCUGGUAAAGAAGCUAUGAGUGGAAAGGAUAUUGUAUCAUCACUUGAGCAAUUCAUGGAAGAGGCCCCUCUAGGGGAAUUCCAAGUGAGACUCAAUAUGGUUUUAGCUUUCCAUUGUCAUGUGAUAAAUCUACCUGCAUCUUCCCAAAGGGAUGAGCUGCAGGCUGUCCUAUGGAAUCUGUUUGGUUUCUAUUCUCAGUUCAAAGACAUGGUAGUCUCUAAAAUUGAUGAUCUAAAGUCUCCCAUUGAAAAGAAACUCAAAGAUUAUGUGAAGAUUGCCCGGUGGAAUGAUAUCAAUUAUUGGGCUGUAAAAGAUGCAGUCUUCAAGACCCAACGCACUUUGCACAAACAUGUGAAGGAGUUUGAGACUGUACUGAAACAGCCUGCGAAAUCAACUAUGUAUUCAUGCCGUCUAGAAGGAAAGUCACAAUCUAAAAAGUAUGCUCAUCUCAAUGUUCAAGCUUUCAUUGCGACUGCUGAAGCAAAGCAAUUUAUUGAGGACACAUUAAUUAUGGAUAUUGAUGCUGAUCAAUCAUCUGUUCUAAAAAGAGCCAGUGCACUUUUUAUUCGAUCAAAAAAAUUAACAAAAGAGGUCAUCUUGUCUUCAUCCUGCCCAGGACUUGUUGCUGCAUUAAAUGAAUUUGCUAACGACAUUGUUGCAUCAGUUCAACAACUUGCUUCUCUAGAGGUGGAUAAAAAUAUUCCUAAACCAAAACAAGUAUCUCAGGCUAAAAAUCACCUGCAAAUGAAGCGCCGAGCCUUAGCUGACCUGUUCCGAUUGCUGCACCGUAUUGGGUUGUCUUACCAUUCAGGUUUGACGUAUGAAGAGAGUUUAUUAAAGCAUGAAUUCACGCAACUGCCUCCUUUAGAUUUAAGUGUUUUCAUGAAAUCUCUGAGCUGUCCCAGAGAAUCUCUAGAUUGUGCUGCUGACAAAGAAAUUCUCAGUGCCUGGGAUGGGUGUAGUUCAUACUUCAUGCGCUCGUGGGUGCGCUAUGUUCAGUUGAGUAUGGCUCUUCGUCAUCCUCACAAGGAUCUUAGUCCUCCAAACAUUGAAAGGCUUCGAGGCUUCCCUGCUCAUCUUAUUACUCUAACACAUGACCAACACAGGCAAAUCCAUAAGAACAUAAAUCUCUUAGGCGAAGUAAGAAUACAUCUACAUCAGCUGAAAUCUCUUGUGAGCUUUCUUGAUGUAGCAAUACCACCUCAAUCUGCUCUACUGGAAUUGGAUCAACGGCUUAAGUCAAUAGUUGUUGCUUCUACAGUCACUUUACAACAAUUUAAAUUAUUGCUUGAAGCUUGCCCAGGUGGAGAAGGAAUUCAAAGCAUCGAGGACAACAUACCAGUCUUGGUGCAUGGGCAGGAAACUCCCUCGUACUCUUUAGGCAUGGUGAAAGGAGAUAUUGCAUGGCAAAAAGCUAAUGAAAUGGCUGACAAAGCACUGCUCCUGCUCAGUGGCUGCCAGAAAAAUAUACUUGCUGUACAGUGGUCACAAACACUUUUUACUGUUGAAGAUUUUAAGAAAAUGUCUCAGUCCUUCAGUAAUCUGACCUUAUUGACUGGAAAUAUCUCAAACAUUGAAAACAUCCUACUUACCAACACAUCCUCUCAUCCAUGCAUUCAAAGCCUCCAAUGGAUUAAGGGUUGCAUACUCAUUGAAUGCCAGAAAUUUUCAGAAAUAUGUAACUUGGACUGCAAGACAGGUUGUUCAACUCCUACUGUUUUAUCAGAUUGUGAUUUGGCAAUGAAAGUUAAUGGUCUGAUGCAGAGUAUGUUAUUAAGCAUACAGAAAUUAUACAAAUGUCACACUAAUACAGAUGGACAAGCAAUUGAUCAAAACUCUAAUCCUGAGGUGGUAGUGACAGAGAGUACAGAAGAGGUGGAAGAAGAAGAGGAGCCUAAUCUCCAAGAAAAACAUCUAAGUGAUGGCAUUCUCAAAACUGUCCAGUCUGAUUUCAAACACAUGGGGGCAUCAGAUAUUAGCACUAACUUGCAAAGUCUCAUGCAAGGUUUACUGGUUGUUCUUGAUAAAGACCAAUCUCAGAGGAGCAUUAGGGUGGUUAUGAAGUUGAUUCCAAUCCUACAGCAGUGGAUAUUGCUGUAUCAGUUUGUUCUGCUACAGCAGGUGUCAGCUUUCAGAGCCUCAACUAAGCUCCUCUCUACAAUACUUGCAGUCUUUGGAGAUGUGACUGUGAAGGGGUUCUGCACUCCUGAGGGCCUACUAACAGAGGAAGAAGCAGGUGAUGGUGAAUCUGAUGGCAAGCAAGAGGGCUCCAUGGGUCUUGGAGACGGCGAGGGAGAAAAAGAUGUAUCGGAACGAAUUGAAAGUGAAGACCAGUUGGAUGAUGCAAGGCCUGCUGGAGAGGAAAAAAAAGAUGAAGAUAAAGACUGCAAGGAGGAAGAAAAGGGCAUAGAAAUGUCUGAAAACUUUGAUGGAAAACUACAGGAUGUUGAACCAAAAGGGGAUGACGCUGAUGAAGAUAGUGAGAGUGAUGAUGAGAAAAAUGAUGCAGAGAAGGAAAUGGGUGAUACUGAAAAAGAUGCUGAUCAGCUUGACCAACAGAUAUGGGGCAGUGACCCAGAGGACGAUAGCAGUGAUGAAGCUGACCAAAAAGAUGAAGAAGGGCAUUCCGGAGAAAAAACAGGAGAAAAGGAAAUGGGUGCGCGAGAACGAGAAACAAAUAAGGGUGACGACAAUGAUAAUACACCAGAUGACAAUGAAGGAAAGAAGCAAGAAGAGAGCAAACCAGAAGUCAAUGAAAUGAAGGAACCAGAGGUUGAUGAUGACCAAGUAGAUCCUUAUCAUGGUAACCAUAAGCCUGAAGAGGAGCCAGCAGCCUUAGAGCUGCCAGAAGAUUUGAAACUGGAUGAUGGGGAAACUAAUGAAAAUGAAGAGACCAACGAAGAAAAUCCAUUUGAUAUAGAUGAAAUGAAAGAGAAAAUGCCACCUGAACCUGAGCAGAAAGAGGAGGUUAAAGAAAAUCAGACAGAUACCAAACAAGAUGAAGCUGAAAGUGAUGUGAGUGAUGAUGAUAAUGUUGAAGAGGGCGAAAAUGAAAAUUGUGAUAUUCAGGAGCCUACCCCAGAAGAAAGUGAGGGAGAUGACCCUCAGGAUUCUGAUGAAAGGAAAAAUGGUCAAAAGCUAAAUGAAAAUGAAGAAGAUGAUAAAUUGGAAGGUGAAAAUGAGGAGGAAGAAAAAGCUAAAAAUGAGGACAUGAAUCCCUCUAGAGAUGACCCUACCUCAGAGCAAACUCAGGCGUCAGAGGACGUUCACCAAGGUUCAAUGGAUCAGGUCGCCUCGACUGCUCAACAAUCUCAGGAGACUUCUGGCGAACAGCCUCCUGAAGAAGCUGAUGGUGAUCCUGGUGGAGAUGAGAGGGAUGAAGUGGGGCAAGCCCCAACAAAUCAGGAAAUGAAAGGUCAUCAUUCUGACCGGUCUGGAAAACGCCCUCAGCAGGACAACCAACAGAGAAAAGCUGGUGAAGAGGAGAAAAGGCAACGCCCAGGUCACAGUGAAGACCAGCGCUCUUUAGGAGACACCACUGAACCUGUCAAGAAACGCUUGAAGACUGUUGACCUAAAACAGACAGAAGAUGAAGAAAGCGAGGAAAAAUCUGAAGAGAAUGUGGAGAAUGAGGAAACCAUGGCAGAUUUGUACCAACAUAUUAAAGAUGUCAAGGAGAAAUCAACAACUCAAACCUUGGAUGCAGCAACCAAAGAACAAGCGGAUAAGCAACCUAUUACUGCCUGUGAAGAAGAACAAGCUCCUGUACCUGAAGAUGACGAUGAGUCAGCUAUGGAUAUAGAGAAUGAAGAGGAACCUUUAAACAGCACAGAAACAGAGAAGAAAUGUGAAGAAAAUGUUAGUGGGACCAAAAACGAAAAGCAAAAGAAAGAAAAGGGAAAGACUCCUCUUCAAAGUGAAGCUGAUUUUGAAGAUAAAAGCAUUGAAGUAGAAGGGGAAAAAGUUGAUACGCUUAGUGCAGCAAGAGCUCCAGAGACAACAUUUCAUACUCAGUUUGAGAAUCUUAUUGUACCUAGUAUUGUCACUAUUGGGGAGGUUACAGAACAAUCAGAAGCUAUUCGGAAAGAUCUCCAGGAUCAGCUUUCUUCGUGGAAUAUGGAGUAUGCUGGAGAAGAAGCAUCCAAAGCAUGGCAGUCUUUGUCUUCUUUAACAAAUCCAUUAGCACGGGAUCUAAGUGAGCAAUUGCGCCUAGUCCUAGAGCCUACUCAAGCUACUAGAAUGAAAGGUGAUUUCCGGACUGGGAGACGAAUUAAUAUGAGGAAAGUUAUUCCUUACAUAGCAAGUCAGUUCCGCAAAGACAAAAUCUGGAUGAGACGUACAAAGCCAUCAAAAAGGGAAUAUCAGAUUUUACUUGCUAUUGAUGAUUCAUCUAGUAUGGCAGACAACAGAUCAAAGGAGUUAGCCUUUGAGUCGCUUGCCCUUGUAAGCCAAGCAUUAACUUUAUUGGAAGUUGGUGAGUUAGGUGUUCUUAGUUUUGGAGAGGUCAUUAAAGUUUUACACAAGCUUGGUGAACCAUUUACUCCGCACAGUGGAGCAAGACUGUUGCAACAAUUUUCAUUUGAACAACGCAAAACUCAAAUUGGGGCGCUGGUGGACUAUUCUACAGCACUCUUCACAACAUGUAAAACCCAAACAUCUGCUGAACACGCCCAACUAUUGGUCGUGAUUUCUGAUGGAAGAGGCGUUUUUAGUGAGGGCCAGGAAAAAGUUCUCAGCUGUGUCCGGAAAGCAAGGCUGUCAGGUAUCUUCAUGGUUUUUGUGAUUGUAGACAAUCCAGAAAGCAAGGACUCAAUUUUAGACAUUCGAACUCCAAUUUUCAAGGGAGGAAAACUUUUGGGAAUAUCAUCAUACAUGGACUCAUUCCCUUUCCCAUUUUAUUUAAUAUUACGUGACAUCUCAAAUUUGCCUGCUGUUUUAAGUGAUGCCUUACGGCAGUGGUUUGAGCUAGUGUCAAAUGUGGAGUGAGUUUGUCAGAAGCUGUUAUUGAUUUUACUUGUCCAUUUGUCAGUGUAUGUUAAAUGUUGCAUUUAUAUCUCUAUAUUAUAAGUAAUAAAUGAGACUGUUAUUGCUA